AGAAAUGUCAUUCUCUUGCCUAAAAUAUCUUUCACUAAGUUUCUUCUAUUUAUCACGCAUUCGCUCUUUUCCACCUUUUUCAAAAUCUCUUUCUCUUUCUCCCCGUUAUUCGUUGAAGCUUGUGCGAGUAUCGGAUAUCGCCUUUGCGACCCCGCCAUGGACCUAGAUCUGUGGAUUUCGAAGGUCAAAGAAGGGCAGCAUUUGAUGGAAGACGAGCUUCAACUUUUAUGCGAAUAUGUGAAGGAACUCCUCAUUGAGGAGUCCAAUGUCCAGCCUGUUAAUAGUCCAGUUACUGUUUGUGGUGACAUCCAUGGGCAGUUCCAUGAUCUAAUGAAACUCUUCCAGACAGGAGGUCAUGUUCCAGAGACAAAUUACAUUUUUAUGGGUGAUUUUGUUGACCGUGGUUACAAUAGUCUGGAGGUUUUCACAAUUCUGUUACUUCUUAAAGCAAGAUACCCUGCUAACAUAACUCUUUUACGUGGAAAUCAUGAGAGCAGGCAACUAACUCAGGUAUAUGGUUUUUAUGAUGAGUGCCAGAGGAAGUAUGGGAAUGCUAAUGCCUGGCGGUAUUGCACUGAUGUUUUUGACUACCUCACACUGUCAGCAAUUAUAGAUGGAACUGUGCUUUGUGUCCAUGGUGGCCUUUCUCCGGACAUUCGAACUAUCGAUCAGAUUAGGGUCAUUGAACGAAAUUGUGAAAUUCCUCAUGAGGGACCUUUUUGUGAUCUUAUGUGGAGUGACCCUGAGGAGAUUGAAACUUGGGCUGUCAGUCCACGUGGUGCUGGUUGGCUUUUUGGAUCUAGGGUCACAUCUGAGUUCAAUCACAUAAACAAGCUGGACCUUGUUUGUCGAGCACACCAACUUGUACAAGAAGGUUUGAAGUACAUGUUCCAAGAUAAAGGCCUUGUAACCGUGUGGUCUGCACCCAAUUAUUGUUACCGUUGUGGCAAUGUAGCUUCUAUCUUGAGCUUCAAUGAAAAUAUGGAGAGAGAAGUGAAGUUCUUCACCGAAACAGAGGAGAACAACCAGAUGAGAGGUCCCAGGACAGGGGUCCCAUAUUUCUUAUGAUAAAAUUAUUUUAAAUGUCAAUUGUAAAAUUAUUUCAGCAGUCUGGUGAUUCGUUGUUGUCAAUGAGGAGAAAAGAAAGAGCGAUGUAAUAACGAAGCAGCCUUGAAUGAAUAUACAUUGACAUUUGCAGGUAGAUCAUUAUUAUUGCCAAGUGGAGAUUUGCCAGAUCAUCUCUGGUCGUGCCUGCAGUUUCUAGACUGUGUUGUAUAUUGAACUCAAUUGUUUGUAGCUGUUAUUCCUGCUUAUCCAAUGCGUUUCCCUGUUUAUCUUGUCUCUUA